CACGAACGCCGUUGCGCGCUUGUGUGCUUGAUUUAUUUUCGUUGAUAGAUCUCUUGAGAGAGUGGGUGCCAGUUGAAUCUUCCUUUUUGUCAGUCUUUUUUUUCCUUCGACGUCGUUUUCCUCUUUAAGGCCAGCGAAGAUUUUAUGGUGUAGCAGUCGAGCAGUGCUCGCGGUGAGUCGAAGAGAUAUAUUCAUGUGACAGUCUCUUCGUAAAAAUAUUCGGUGUGACGCAAAAUCAUCUUCUAUCUCAUUUCGAAAAUUAUGGUGCCAAAGAGACUUUUUCGUUUCCUCCUCGACAUGAAAACCGAGGCGUCAAGCAACAAAGGACCCCCUAGCGUCAUAACGCUCGCUUUCUCGGUAUUAACGCAUUUCCUUCUUGUGGCUCCUGUGAUAUAUAUCUUGGUACUCGCUUUCAGCAAGUACAGUUUCUUCUCUUGGCAUCCGAUUUGCAUGUCUCUCGGGGUCGGUCUUCUAAUCACGGAAGCUGUCUUCAGCGUCUCCGGCGAGGCGUACAUCGCAUCGAAGUUACCCAAGCGUAACAGGGUGACGAUACACUGGAUCCUACACACGAUAGGCUUGUCCCUAGUAGGGAUCGGUCUGAUUAUCAUUAUCGUCAACAAGAUCAGGUUCAAUGGGUCCCAUUUCGCAACGACUCAUUCGCAGUUGGGUCUAGUAACGAUUAUAUUAUCCGUUUUGACCGCGGUUUUCGGGAUCGCGACUAAAAACAUCACAUGGUUGUAUCCGCGCGAAAGACCGAUACUCUUCAAGAGCACGCACGCUUUAGGAGGUACCGCAGUGCUCAUUCUUCUACUGGCUACCCUCAUCAAUGGAACCUACACUCACUGGUGGCCUGGGACCGUCACAGGAAGAAGUCUGACUUUCGCCUCGUUGUUCAUCGCGGGCUUCCUGAUACUCGUGAAACCAGUCCUCGGAGCAGUCUCAAAGUGUAGAGUUAUUUUCGGACCACCCUCGGAUAAUGAUUAAGAUAUUACGCUGGAGUUUCCAUUCAAGCUCGUCGAGGUGACACGAGAGUUGCUUCAGAAACAAGGUACACUUGUAUUCUUUACAAUAAUUUUGGUAGUGAUUGUAAAGAAACCCGUGCGAUUAUCCAGUCCAAUUGAGAAUAAACCAUGCACAAAAUUGAAUACUUCAGAAGCUUUAAUAUAUCUAUAAUGUGUUCUUUAUAUGUUAAAUAAUGUUUGCUAAUACUAAAGCAACGUCUUUCUUUAAUUAGUAGAUCAAUUUGUACGGACUUGUUUCAUAUCUCGAAAAUCCUAAAUUUUCAUUAAUUUGUAAAAUUUCAUUUUGUCUCUCAGAAAUUAGUCACUGGCGAAAACCAAAAUAUAUAGGCAGCAUAUUGUUAAUCAUGUAUACCAACACUUUAUUGAUUACACACGCAUCUCAUAUACAUUUAUUACACAUUAUAAAGUUACAUAUGCGCGUACACACACGCGUACAUACGUUUUUGUUGAUGCCUCCGAUAUAUAUAUAUAUAUAUUUUUUUUUUCAUAAUGCAAUGUACAUAUAUAACAUAACACAACGUAUUUAUUUGGUAUUUUUAUACCUCGUACAUAUCAUCUGUAUUUUAUUUAUAGACUCUUAUUCACACACGCAAUCAAUGUUCUUCAAUUAUCGUUGAACUAAUAAUUUUUGGGUCCAGCCCUUUCUUCUUUUUUAUUUGCACGAGGACUACUUAAGAUUAUGCAACAAUAUGUAAACACACACGCAUACAUCCUCGUUUAUCUAUUUAGGACGUAUAUAUGAUAUAGUUAUUUUUAUUUCUGUCUUUCUCUCUCUCUGCUGAGACUUUCCUAAUUCUGUAAUGAGUGUAUGCUUGUGCGUGCGUGUUUGUGUGUAUGUAUACGUGUUUGUUCACUCAAGGCAUUAUUGUGUCUUGACUGUAUAGCGUUCAGCAUGUUCAUUUGUUCUACGUUAAAACAUCAGUACGUCGGUUCUAUACAAUAAAACUGCUUCUUAUUCUGACGAUGUAUAUAAUCUAACCGAAUUUGCUGUACGUAUGUUCGGGAAAAUGCGUUUCUCCCUUUGUGAAUCCAACCCCUCGUAAUACUUUAAGUAGAAGCUCCUUCUUCCUACUCUUUUUCCUACUAUUAAGAAAAGAAGCUUCCCUAAAGAGGAAACUCCUGUUUCUUAUUAUAUUAUUACACACUAGGACACGUUACUUUGUACUGUUCGCUCUACUGGUUGCUCGUAGUGACGUCGGGACUGUAACAUCACACGGUAACUGCAGUUAGCAUUAUAUAAAAGCUUGGAACAAUUAUAGCUAACACAAUCGUUUGUAAGUUUAUUACUUUUAAUUGCGACAUCAAUUGGACACAAUACGGAAAGUAUGUUCAAUUUUUACGUUUAAAUUUACACACGCGUUUAUUCUUCUGUGUAAGACGAAUUAACAAGCUAUCCAUUUGCAAAGUUAUGAACUCCUUUAAUUAGCAACUAUCAUCGUUAAUAAUCCAAGUUGAUCGUCGAUCUGUAAAUUAACGAUUUGAAAAAAAAAAUUUUACCGCAGCUCGUUUUUCAGAAUUCAUUUUUGCAAGGAAUCGUAGGAUGCCAAUCGAAAUUUAAGAUGCGAAGCAACAAAUCUCUUCCACACGAGGAUUCAUUUAGAGAAACAAUUUGAGACUCUCGAGCAGAUAUACAAUAAAAUCGCUAUUGUUAACUGCCGCAUUACCAUCGUGCUGUUACUAGUUUGCGAUACGUCACUGCCCUUAAUUCUACUUAUUGUUAGGACAGUCAACCAUUUGACUUGGCCGGCAUGUGAGCCAGUGACUAACAUUAUAUCAAUUAUCAUUAUUCUGCACGGCGAGCUAUAUAUUUUUAUACAAUCUUUGAUGAGACCGCGCCACACAUUAGGUAACACUUGUGUAGUCUAUGAACAUUAAAAUUAUUGAACAUUUAA